ACUGUGUGUUGCUAGCUUUGCCUGCGUCUAUGCCAAGAACGCUGGCUUCACUAUGGAACUUAUCCACCGUGAUUCAUCAGAGUCCCCCUUUCACAACCCUCAAGACUCAAGAGACUCAUCUCCAGCGUGUCAACAAUCCUUUGCGUCGAUUCAUCAAUCGGGUCCACCACUUUGACCCAACUGCGCUUGCUGCUUCAGUCUCACCUAAAGCUGCUGAAUCUGAGAUUACAUCCGCAAGUUGUGAAUAGGCCUUCGGGACACCACCUCUUAAGGUUAUGGGGAUAGCAGAUACAGGCAGUGAUCUAAUAAGGACACAGUGCAAGCCAUGCAAGAAUUGUUACAAGCUAGUUACUCCUCUUUUUGAUCCAAAGUCUUCCAAAACAUAUAGACACUUCUCUUGUGACGCAACGGAAUGCACCUCGCAACAGCAAACUUCUUGCCCUGGUGGCGAAAUUUGCAAUUUCGAAUAUUCUUAUGGUGAUCGAUCGUACACCCUUGGAAUUCUUGCGGCUGAUACAAUCACUUUGGAUUCCACAUCAGGCCGUCCAGUGCGUUUCCAUAAAACUUUCAUUGGUUGUGGACACAAAAAUAAUGGACCCUUCAAUGACCAAGCUUCGGGUAUCGUUGGCCUUGGAGGCGGUUCACUGUCUCUUAUUUCUCAAAUGGGUUCUUCAGUCGGUAGAAAAUUCUCCUACUGUCUGGUGCCUUUUUUCUCCCAAGCUGGAAAAUCGAGCAAACUAAACUUUGGCAGCCACGCUGUUGUUUCAGGUCAUGGAGUUAAAUCUACCCCAUUACUAACUGAGGAUACCUUCUACUAUCUAACUCUUGAAGCCGUGGGUGUUGGAAAAGAGAGAAUACAAUUCGGUGAUUCUUAUUCGGGAACUGGUCGUGGAAACAUCAUCGCUGAUUCAGGUACAACUUUGACAAUAGUACCAGAAGAUGUCUUGAAUGAGUUAUCAAAAGCAGCAGACAAUCAAGUUGAGGGACCCAAGUGGAUUCCUGAGCCUUUGCUACACAGUCUUCUCAAGGUUCCUGUAAUCACUGCACAUUUCACUGGUGCAGAUGUGAAUCGUUCAAAUUUCAGAUGAUCUGUGUGCUUGGCCUUUGCCUCUACUAAAUCAGAUGUAUCAAUCUACGGAAACCUUGCGUAAAUGAACUUCUUGGUAGAAUAUGACCUUCAAGGGAAGUCUGAAUUUCAAGCCAACAGAUUGCACCAAAUUAUAAUUCGAUAGCCACAGAAUUUAACUCUUGUUGCCUUGCGCAUGCAAGUCGAGAACAUCUCUACUUUCGUAUACUGUUGGCUUCCGUCCUGAAAAACU